AUGGGUGGCAGACCUCAACACGAGUCCCCGCGGGGCAAGGUGCAUGUCCCUCCACUGGACAGCCCUUCCAAACAGCUCAUGCUCGAUUUGGUGCGCGACCUCGAGCAAGUUCGACUCUUCGACUAUGAGCUCAAGCAAGCCCAUGCUUACGAGCGCAAAUUGUUCUAUGAUGAACUGGAUGAGAUUGAUCGGAAAAAAGAAGCUGUUCAUAUGGCCGCCCUUGAUAAAGCUGCAGCUCUCCACGACAGCCUCCGAAAGGAGGCAGAAGCCAUUUUGCGAGAGCACAAUCGCGCAGAAGAAGCAGAGCGACUCCGAAAGGAAGAGGCAGCACGCCUUGAACGGGAACGCAUCGAAAAAGAAAAGGCCGAGAAACUUCGUCGUGAACAAGAAGAGGAAGCUCGUAUCUUAGCUGAGCGCAAGGCUGCUGAGCAGGCGAGAAAGAAGGCCGAGGAGGACGCGGAGCGAGCGCGGCUGGCUGCGCAAGCUGAGGCGGAUCGACUGGCUCGUGAGAAAAAGGAAAAAGAGGACGCGGAGAGGCGUAAGCGGGAAGAGGAGGCCAAAAAGGCUCAACAAGCUGCAGAUGAGGAAGCCAAAACUCAAGCCCAGCAAAAAAUUGGUGGCGGUCAUCUCACAGCUACGGAGAUUGACAUUCAGAAGCGCUACGUCGAGAUUCACAAAACUCUAAAAGAGUUUCGAGCUUGGCUCAAGGAGGAAGGGAAGAAGCACCCCUCGGUCAAGCAGGCCAUGGGUGAUAUGCGCCGUUCUAUCAAGAAGAGCGUUGGACAGCUCCGCGAUGGCAAGGGCACCAACAAAGUACAGACAGCACAUAUUCGCGCCGAGCUCCAAAAGGCACCCACGGUCGACGGGCCUCUUGUUGACAUCCGCAAAUUUAUCGCAUUCCCGCCCCAAGAGAUUGCACAGUCCGAGCAGAAUGUUCCCGCUCUGAUGAUCUAUGGGCUCAACAUCUUCGCCAAGGCCCUUGUCUCAGCACUUCUCACGGAGGCUUCGAUCAAACCCCAACAUGCAGAACCUGUAGGCAUCCUUGCUGCUCAGAUCUUCUCAGGAGAAGAAUUCACUUACAAGGGGGUCCAUCUGUCGGAUAUCUUGUUGGCCAAGUAUCGAGUUCUAUGUCCGGCUCUCUGGGGUUUCACUGGCAAUGAGAAGACCGAGUCCGGGCGCCGCGCAUUGGGCUGGUGGCAUGAGGCAGACGGUGGUCCCUUUGUCUCGGAGCAAACCCAUUUAGAUCGAAUGACAGCUCUGGGGGCAGGUUAUGCAGCGAUCACUCUGCGUAACUUUGGAAAAACCAACCGUCGCAACCCAUUCCCCAACACCAUGUUCUGGGUUAGUAUCCAAAAGAUGCUUUGCUUGCCAGUGAACGAGAUACAGGAUACGCAUUUUAUCAUCUUGCAAUCUCUACUGCGAUAUUCCGGAGACCGCGUUCUCGGUUUCUUUGGGCAGCAUGGUAUGGCUGUACUUCGAAAGGCCGUCGUGGAUAUCCCCGACGCUCUGCCCAAAAAGAGUAUGGCGGUGAACCAACUUGCUCUGCUCAAGGACAUUUACCAGAAGGAGCUCGACCUUUGGCUUUGA